UGUGUGUGUGUGUGUGUGUGUGUGUCUCUGCACCACUUAACUCCUGUCUCCCAUUUUUACUGCAUUUGUAAAACUGGAGACACUGCAGGGGGAAACCACUCAAACCCUCUAGUGUGUGAAUCUCCCAGAGCUUACACAUUCAAACUCAAACUACACAAGCACUACAAACGUGUGUGUGUGAUUGUAUUUGUGUAACAAAUACAGUAACAGUAAACCGUUUUUGUGUUGAUCUUGAUGUAUGUUUUGGAUCACUGUCCUGCUGGAAGAUCCAACCACGGCCCAUUUGAAGCUUUCUGUCAGAGGCAGUCAGGUUUUCAUUUAAUAUCUGUUGAUAUUUGAUAGUCCAUUACGCCAUGUAUCCUUUCUCUGUCACUUUGGGGUGGUAGUUACAUCCAUCGACUUGGAUAAGCAAGUUACAAGCCAUCGAUAAGGGAAACCAGAGAUCAAGAUACAUCUCAGGUUUUAUUUAUCUAUUUUCAUUUAUUUAUUUUAAGAACUCACUUUUUACAUUCCUUCUAAUAAGUCGCCUAAAUGCAUUCUUAAGUUCAUUCUGCUUAAGGCACUCCACAAAAGCUUAGUGGAGUAGUACUCCAGCUACCCAGGAGUAGUUGAUUAAAAACAGUCGAGAGUAUUUGUUUAUAAAACUAAUUGUUGAAGCCCUAAAAAGAGCAGUGUUCCUGUGGACCUCAGGGGAAGCAGUAAGGAGCUCUGUUCAUUUGAGAACUUUAAGAAAAGUAACCUGGGUGAAGCUCUUGAUGAAUCUGGGAGAUGUUGAGUAUGUGCAAAAAAUUUAAAUAUAACAUUUAAAAAGUUUAAGAUUUCACAGCAUAUUUGUGUGUGUGUUAUUUCAGUAUUAAUGUUCUUGUUAUUAUUUAAAAACUUUUUUAAAAAAACAAAACAAACAAACACAUGUGCCAGGUGUCACGUAUCAGGAAGCUCUGGACUCCACUUCCCAUCAGCCACUGCACUGCACUACGUCACAUGACCACCUGCACCUAAUUCACGUUUUGAACGAAAGACCAACAAUCAGAAGCAGCAGAUCGCCAAGAUGGAUAUCUGGGGCGUCAGGAUGCCACCAAUGUUAGUGGAGUACUUUGCCACGUUGCGCCAACAGUCGGAAGAUUACCAAGCUGCGCUACGAAAGCAGCAGGAUGCCAGGAAUUACCUGGGCUUCAACUUACCGCCUAUGUUCAUGCAGGACUACGCCAUGCUACGCCAACAGGAGGAGGAGUCCAGGUACAAGGGGGAGUUUGUGUUCAGUACAGAGACCCAGCCCGGGACCGACAGGGUGACCUCAGAGCUCGAACCUGAGCUCCACGAGGUGGGCUCACCUGCCGAGCUCCAGCAAAGGGUCAGCGGGGAGGCACUAGCACCAGGCUUUGAUGUCCGAGUCCCAGUCAAGUCUCAAGUCCCUAAGGUCCCAGCCAAGCCUCGCGUCCCUGAGGUCCAAAUCAAGCCUCGCGUCCCUGAGUUCACGUUCAGGCCUACUGACCCAAAUGACCAAAUGCCGCUCACGCCCAGCCAAGCUCCGCUCACGCCACAGUCCGCCGACACGCACCGCCAAGCUCCGCUCUCGCCACAGUCCGCCGACACGCACCGCCAAGCUCCGCUCACGCCACAGUCCGCCGACACGCACAGCCAAGCUCCGCCCACGCCACAGUCCGCCGACACGCACAGCCAAGCUCCGCCCAUGCCCCAGUCCGCCGACACGGCCAGCCAAGCUCUGCCCAUGCCCAAGGUUCACAUAGUGACCUCAGAGCCUCAGCCUCCCCGUUCAGCUGAGGUCGUCGCUCAGACUCCCCGUUCAGCUGAGGUCAUCGCUCAGACUCCCCGUUCAGCUGAGGUCGUCGCUCAACCCGCCUGCUCCAUGGCAACUAGUGUUCCCCCCUUCUGCUUCGAGGAGACCCACGCUCCUCUCCCUGGCCGCACGGGGGACUUCUCUCGGCCUUCCAGUUCAGCUGGGGACGUCGCGCCGCUUUCAUGCUCUGCCAAGGAAAUAUCUCAGCCUCCCUGUGCCAUUGUAGAAGCCGCCCGGCCUCCUGAUUUUGCGGGGGACAUUUUCUCCAGGGAGCCAGGACCACCAGAUGGAGGACGUAUAAUUUUGGGCGCUCCGGGAGUAGCGCCCUUGGGGGAGGGUUCUGUCACGUAUCAGGAAGCUCUGGACUCCACUUCCCAUCAGCCACUGCACUGCACUACAUGUCACAUGACCACCUGCAUCUGAUUCACGUUUUGGUUAAUGAGCACUCGUGUAUAUAUAGCCAUUGUCUGCACUGAUUCACUGUCUUUUGUUGUAUUAGACUACCAUGUUACAUGUUUUGUUUCAUGCCACAGUAUUUUGCCUAGUUGUCGUAGUGUCUAUGUUUUGUUGUUUGUUCAUAUAAUAAAUGUUAUAUAUCUGUGA